GUGUGGUAAUUUCCAUUGAAUAUUAAAGUUGCUCGAGGCUCUUGAUUUCUUGUUUAAGUGCGAAGUAGUUUAUAUAUGCCUACCGUAAUUACAUUCUUACAAAGAAUAGAAAUAAGUCGGUAUUCUCUCGUUCAAAAGUCGACGCUUCAAGCAGUGCUCUCAUAGUAUCAAGCUACAUUCACCAUGGCCAAAAGUGACGACAACGCAUGGCAAGAAGCGUGCCUCGUCAAGGGUGGAACUAAACUCGUAAUCAGUACUGCGGUUGGCUUCAUACUUGCUGCAGUAAUGCCUACUCGGAAAAGAGUGUGUGCAGCCGUGCCAUGGUUCGCCAAAAAGAAUGUCUGGGCCCUGUCGGGACUGGGCGUCGGUUUGGGUCUAGCGGCAGCUACUUGCGCCCAAGAACAAGUCACACAAUCGAACACGAAAUCAGCGUGCGCCGGCAAAAAGACUCAAAAAGCCUCCGAACAUUCUUUGUGGAGGACCAAAGUAGGGCUCAAGACCGAAUCCAAAACCUCCGACGAAAAAUGAUGUCUUCCCUGUUUCAAAAUUUCCGACCACUUGUAAUUCUGUGCUUUCAACUCCGACGACUAAAUGCAAAAAUGAAAAUUUCAGAAUUCAUAAACUGAUUUUGGGGUACUUUAUUUUAAAACGAGGAACGCCUGUGCGUUUGGAGUUCAAACUCGAUUUAACUUUUCGGUUUCUUAAAUUUAAGUAUCCUAAGUAUCUAAGUAGGCGUCGCAGAGCGGCCUAAUGCGCAGGAAAAGCGACUUAUAAAUAGACACAUACAUUCAAAGUAAGCAAAGUAGCCUCGAUCAAAAGUAACAAUCGAGUGCGAUCAAGUGUUAAAAUCCUGCGGUUGAGCUCUCGAGUUCAAUCCUACUUAAUACGGGAAAGGCCCAGUCGUAGUAACCGCAGGAUCGAUCCCAUUAAAUGAUUAUAGAGGCCAAUUUUUUUGGCGGCUAUUCAAACAAAUAUUACAACAUAAUUUUUUAAAAUU